AUGGCCGAGCUCAACUACUCACCAAUCGAGAAGUUAUGCUUAGCGCUUUAUUUCGCGGCUACCAAGUUGCGCCAUUAUAUGCUUCAUUCGGUCGUUCAGAUCAUCUCCAAGACCGGCCUCAUCAAAUACAUGCUUACUCGGCCGAUCAUAUACGGCCGGAUCGGAAAAGGGAUUUCGGCAUUGUCCGAAUUCACCUUCCAAUAUGUAGCCCAGAAAUCGGUCAAAGGCCAGGCAUUGGCCGAUUUCUUGGCCCACCACCCGGUUCAGGGGCAAGAGGGGGAGUUGGAGGUUGAGAUCGACAUGACCCACAUGGAGAAAAAUUACUGGACCAUGUACUUCGAUGGCUCCAGUACCGAGACCAGGUCAGGGGCCGGGGUCGUGAUCGAAUCCCCCCAAGGACAAAGGUGGCAAUUUGUGUUCCAGCUUGAUUUCAAAUGCACCAAUAAUCAGGCAGAGUACGAGGCACUCAUCAUCGGUCUUGAAAUUCUUAAAGGAAUGAAGGCGACCCGUGUCCUGGUCUACGAUGAUUCUCAACUAGUAAUUAACCAACUGACCAGGGAAUAUCAAUGCACGAGCGAAAAUUUAACCUUGUACUAUGUAACGGCCCUCAAUACGGCCGACGAAUUUUCUAGGAUCUCCUUCGUUUACGUGCCACGCGCCAAAAACCAUGAAGCCAAUGAGAUGGCCCAGGUAGCGUCAGGUGUGAACAUUCCAAACGGCGACCGUGACCAAGUAAUAAGAAUCGAGAAGCGCACCCUGUCGGCUUUGGCCGAGCAGGGAAUGAAGGCGCAGGUAUCAUCGGCCGAGGUUACCAGCGAGGUCGAAGCGGCCGAAGCCGACUGGCGUUACCCCAUCGUGAAGUAUCUGCGCGAGCCCUUCGACAACCACGAAAGGACUACUCGCUUCCGAGCUCGAUGUUAUUUAAUUUAUCAGAACGACCUGUACCGAAAAGGAUCGGACGAUUUAUUACUCCUAUACUCCGGCGCCAAAGAUAUCAAGGUUAUCAUGGCCGAAUCCUACAAGGGGAUUUGCGGCGCUCACCAGUCCGACGUUAAGAUGAGAUGGUUGGUCCGGAGGUACGGCUAUUAUUGGCCGACCAUUUUAAAGAAUUGCAUAGAAUAUGCGAAGGGGUGCAUCAAGUGUCAAAUCUACGGCCCCAUACAAAGGGUAUCGGCCGACGCCCUCCACCCAGUUACUAAACCUUGGCCGUUCAGGGGAUGGGCCGUGGAUAUCAUCGGCAAAAUCCACCCAGCCGCGUCCAACCAGCACGCCUGGGUUUUAGUAGCAACUGACUAUUUCACUAAAUGGGUCGAGGCGGAGUCCUAUCAGUCCAUUUCUAGCGCGCAGGUGGUCAGAUUCUUCGAAAAUCACAUCGUCCACAGAUUCGGUAUACCCGAAACCAUGACGGCUGAUAACGGCCCGGUAUUCGCAUCAGCCGAGACUCGAGAAUACGCCGAAAGGAUGGGGAUCAAAUUGGUCCACUCGAUGCCCUACUACCCACAAGCUAACAGACAGGCCGAGGCAAGCAACAAGGUCAUCAAGGGUAUCCUUGAGAAGAUGAUUGGGGAAAAACCUAGGGCGUGGCACGACCUACUCCCUGAGGCCCUCUAG